AUGAUGUCAAUUGAAACUGUUGUUUUGGGAAUUCACAGGGUCAAUGAUUUGAAGACUGGUACGCUGAUAGGAAUUGACAAAUAUGGAAACAAAUACUAUGAAGACACAAGAAACUUCUUUGGUCGACACAGAUGGGUCAUCUAUACUAAUGAAAUGAAUGGCAAAAAUACGUUUUGGGAAGUUGAUGGAAGUAUGGUGCCCCCCGAAUGGCAUCGCUGGCUUCACUCAAUGACGGAUGACCCUCCAACUACUCAUCCACCAGUUGCUCGUAAAUUUAUCUGGGAGAACCAUAAAUUCAAUCUGAGUGGCACUCCCGGACAGUACGUACCUUACUCUACUACUCGCAAGAAGAUACAAGAGUGGAUCCCACCUACAACAGCUAGCAAAUAACAACAACAAAAAAUGUGACUUGCCUCAGCUUUGGCUUUCAGUGUAAACCGUAUUUUCACUGGUUUUGUGCAAAAUAAAAGCCUCCUACAACAGCUGUAGUUUAGUUUAUUGAAUUGGGGGGAAAAAACAAGUGAGAAAACAUUGGGAAGAGGUAGAGGACAGAAUACAUGACAAAUCUUAAUCUCAUCAAGAUACUGGGCUUUUUGUCAUAUUGUCAGUGGCUCUUGUCUUCACAUAAGUAGCUCUCAAACUCUUUUUAGCAUGAUAACCAUUCCUGUGACAGUUACUUCUCACAUUUGUACCAUUUAACAGAAUACAAAUAUAAAUUUGAAA